AUGGCAGACAGCUAUACGGAUAUAAUGAAAGAAAUUGGUUGUGGUGACGGUUUUCACUUACCGAUAGCCAAUGAAGAAAACAAAUUGAUUGAAAAUGAAGUAGGUUAAAUUCGGUGGAAUAUACUUACAUAAAAUUUAAAUUACUUAUCGUUAUUAUACACCAGUUACUAAAAUAUGUUGUAAUUAAUUGUUUUGCUUAGAAAAAAGUGGACUUGCAAUAAAUUAUAUAGUACAGUGUACAGACAUUUAUAUAAACCAGAGGUUCUUAAACUUUUUAUUUUCGCGUACCAUUUAUAUGUAUUAUGGAUCUGUCAAGUCACUUAUGACUAAAAAUUGAUCUAAUCAAAGUUUCAAUAGAUUUAUUUAAAAAUAAAAGGACACUAUAAUACUAAAAUAUAAUUAUUUAUAAAGUAUUUUUUUAAUUUUUAAACAAAAUGUAUACAAUAUAUAAAAUAGUAUUAGAUCCGUUAAAAAUAUUAGUACUAUUAGUAAUAUUGAUUUCCCCAUACUACAUACCACCUUUUGUAUACUACGUACCACAGUUUUACAACUGUAGGUAUAGAUAAUUUCUACAAUUAAGCGAUUUUUUAUUCUAAAUGCUACAGUUUUUAAAUUACAUUGAAAAAACAGUAAACCUAGUUAGUCUCAAUGACCAUUUUUCAAUCCUACAGGGGCACAGGAAAGAGGUGAGCAAUUAUGAACUAAAAUUACUAACUUAAGAAAUUAAAAAUUAAAGAGUUAAGAUAUAAGGGCACUAUCCUAUUAUUAUACAUGUAUGAAUUAUUAAAAAAUAUAAUGAACUAUCAUAGUUCACUUUACUGCAGGGCAUCGUUUAUUUUACGUUAUUCUUAAUAAUAUUUUAAAAUCCAAUAUAUUUUAUAAAAUAUUAGAUCUACUUAAUUAUGAAAUGGGUUUACAAUAAAUAUACUUCAAGUAAACUAUACAGUUAUUCUCAUACUCGUGAACACAGUUUGUCAUAUAUACAUACAUAUCUUGAUAUGCUGUAAAACUUUAUAUGAAAGUCAAAAGUAUAAUAUAAUUACAGAUUAAAGAAUUAUUGAAAAAAAAAGCCAAGUUGUUACUACUUGAUGAGUCAUUAGAUGAUGAUUUACUAGAAAAUAAAAAUACAAUAAAAAACUUAUCAACUCAAGAAGCACAAAAUCAAGUACCUACCUAAUAAACCGUAAAAGUUUAAGUUUUCUUAGUUCUUAAUUUAAUUACAUCUUUGUAAAUAGAAAUUGGUCGUAGCCAAUCGUAAACAAUAUGAAAUGGAAGAACAGCGUUUAAUGGUAGCUCAAAGAGAAAAUGAAAAUUUAUCCCGAGAAAAUAAAACGGCUGCAAAACAGUUAAACGAAUUUAUUGAUGAUCAAACUAAAUUGGAAGUAAGUGAUACACGAUAAAAUAUAUUUAUUAUGUACUUAUAAACUCUACAAUAUAUUAAUACGAGUAGAAUGAGUUGACACAAAACGAUGAGCAAAUAAAUAAAUUGAGAGAAACCAUCGAAUGGGGCGAAGAAACUCUUUUAGCGUGGAACAACGACUUGGCCAAACAAGAUACAAAUAUUAAUAUUCUUGAAACAUACAAUUUGGAGGAAAACCACGUGUUUAAAGUAAUUACUUACUGAACUACUACAAGUUAAAAUAACUAUAUUUAAAUAUUAAUUUUGUUUGUGUGAGAAAAUAAUCUAUUUGUAGAAUUUAGAAAUACAAAGACAAUGCCUUCAACGAAUGGUGUUAGAAAAAGAAUCUAUUGUGGAACAAGAAAUUACUGAGUUCUAUCGGAUUGAAAGAGAAUUAGAACAAACUAUUUCACUAACUAGACGAGCACAAAACGAAAGAAAUCGUCUUAUUGAACAUUGGGAGAAUGCAGCAAAAUUUUUAGACUCUAACCAAAAAGAAACACGGAAUCUUGUACAAGUUAAUAUAAAUUUUAAUUUAUUAUAAAAGAAUAAACUCGUUAAAAAUAAAACAAAAAAAUAAUAUUGAAAUCACAGAAAAUCAAUAAAAUAAAUCAAGAAUCUCGAGAAAUGUAUGAUAACAUGACAGAAAUUAAACUAAAGUAUCAAAAUUACUUAGAUGCUAAUGAAGAACUAGAAUAUGAAAUCGGCAAAGUUCAAAAAAUUAAUAAUGAUUUAAAAUUAUCGAACUUUAAUCAGCUUGCAAAAAACGAUAUAAUACAAUCCCAGGUUUGUUAUUAAAAUACAUCAAUAGAUUUUUGUUAAAUCAGUAAUACGGAAAUAAUUUUCACAGGUGUUAACAGCGCAAAUAGCACUUAAUGUUUUGGAUAACAAAUUAGCCAACGAGCGCACGAAACGUAAGCAUAUGCAAAAUGAACAGGAAAAAUUGAAAAUACAGAUACAACAAAAAGAUAAAGAUAUAGCAAAAUUAAUAGAGGACAUUUUGAAAAUAAAGAAUAAAUCAAUGACCCAAGAAGAAAAAAUAAACGAAUUAUAUAAAAUUCAAGAAGUAUUUAUAAAUUGGAUAAUGGAAUGGUGAAAAUUAAAUUUAUUAGUUAUUGAUUAUUUUUUUUUAUUUUAGAAUCAUAAAGUAACAACAGAACAACUUCAGUCUGAAAAAAACAAAGUGCUGAAUAUGGUGUUUAACGUAAAAAUUGAAAUAACACAAUUGCAAAGUAAAAUUGAUCUGUUGACAAACCAGUUACACCUAAACCGUAAGGAACAAAUGGAAUUGAGUAAAGAAGAAUUAAGAAUGAAAGAAUCAAUUAUGAAGAAUAAAGAAGAAUCGUAUAAUUUGGUGAAGAUUAAAAAUUGGUAAAUAUGAUAACAUUUUAACAUGAUAAUUAUAUUUAGAGUUAUAGAUUAGAAACUAUACGUACAAAAAUGUCAGAAGCUAAAGGAACCGUGGAUGUAAAGGAGAUGGAAGAAUUACAAGAAGUGCUACAAACUGUCAACAACGAAUUAACUCAGACCAUAAACGAACAAAGUCAACUAAAAAAACAGUUAAAAUCGGCUGAAGUAAGUGUCUAUAAAAUAUUAUAUUAAAGUGUAGUUAUUAUAUAUGCAUGUAUGCAAAAUCACAUAACCAAAUCGUUUUAGAGCGAAUCUCGGAGAAUUACCAAAGAGAUCGAGAAAAACGCAGUUGAAUUGGGAAGAUACAAAAACCGGGUAGAAGAGCUCAGCAUACGCAACGAAGGAGGUUUGACAUGAUUGUAUCGAUAACAAUAUUAUCGUAUAGUUUAUAUUAUAAUAACGGAACACCUAUUCGAUGUUUAUUUUUCAAAUAUAGGAGAAAAACAAAUUCAAUUGUUGGAAGAACAGUGUAACCGGAACCGUAUUGAGGAUAGAAUGAUGAAGUUCAAAGUGGAACAGAUAAAGAAAAUGAUGGACAAUGAAUGUGAAAAAGUGUAUUCGUUAGCUCAACAACGAGAUGAAAUAAAUGCGGUAAGUUUCCCGAUGUAGUGUAGGAAAAGCGUACAAUCACGAAAUAGUACAUAAUAUUAUAAUAUAACUGCAGAUGAACUUUUCUGGCUGAAGUCCAUCCUUUCCCCACCAUAGGUAUAUUAGUUUAUGUUAAUUUAUUAUACCUUUCAACAAUUAAAAAUUAACCCACCCAUUAUUUAAAAAUACUUUGUGCCACUACUCUAAAAUAUGUAAGUACAUUACUAUAGGAUAUAAAUAGGAGGAAGGCUGACGUGGCCGACACGUUCGAGCGCAUAAGUGUCGAGAGAAAAUUGUUGUCUGAAGAAAAAUCGUCGGCAAAACGAAAGUUGGACGCACUGACCCAGUACAUCGAACAGCGGAAGAAUAAGUACGAAAUAUUGACAGCAACGAUGGGCAACUCGAACUCUAUCUGUGGUGAUGACGGUGACGAAGAUCAGACGUCGUUUACGUUGAGUGAGCAUAGGAUCAGACUGGCCCAGGAAAAACUCGAGUUGCAGGACGUGGGAGACGAAUUGGACGAACGGGUGCAAAAGUUGGAAACCAACAUCAGGGCCAUGGAAAACACGGUAAUUCUGAUGAACGUCACCAACAAUUGUUACAAGGCCGGCCUGACUUCGUCACACCCACUUAGUAGGUUCAGCAUUAUUUGA